UUGAUGGAUUUAAUUGCCCUUUUCCUGAUGGAAAGUGACUAUUACGGUCCUCUUUCAUAUGUAUUUAGACGUGACUGUGUCGCUGACGCUAAUUUAUUUACGCAAGAUGUUGAAAGAUGCCUCACCGUGUGAGACCACGGACGGUGUCAAUGCUGCUACGGUAGAGGACCCCUUGCCCUACUCCACUUGUGACACUGGGACACAAUGUAUUUUGAAGCCCCUUGGAAGGUCUCACGCUGUGCAAGUGAACCUGAAGCCCAAGAUGGUCAGCAUGGGGACACAAACUUUCACCCCCCUCACUAGUCCUGACCCAACGGAUGGAGAAGAUGAUCUCUCUGUCAUCAGUGAUGCAUCAUGGGUACCAGGAGACCAGAUGUCUGAGGAGGAUGAGGAGGUGUUGUGUGAGGAGCCAUCUCAAACUUGUGACCCCCACCAAAAUGGCAUUGACAAAUUCAUUGUUUGCCAAGAGGAGCUCAUGGCCCUGUUUGCCAUCUGUCCGGCCUGUUGUGAGAAGUCAGAUAGUAGAAUCGUGCAGCAGGAAGGAACAUUUGUUAAAAUAGAGCAGGUCUGUGCAUGUGGCUACCAGCGUUUCUGGCAAAACCAGCCGAUCCUAAACAGGAAUAUGCCAACCUGUAACCUCCUUUUAAGCGGGGCCAUCCAUUUCUCUGGAUGUUUGGCCACCCAGACAUUACGGAUGAUGACCCUGUUUGGCCUUCAGUGCAUCAGCGCAAGCACUUUCUUUCGCCAUCAGCGCCGUUACACCAUCCCCGUCAUCAUUCAGGCCUGGCAGAACGAGCAGGCCAAGAAUUUUAGUGACCUCAAGGCAAUGGAUGGAGGCCUAGUUGUUGCUGGUGACUGCAGGUAAAGCAGAAUUUGUUGAUUCUAUGCUAGCUGCCAC